AUGAGCUCCCCGCCGCGACAGGCUAGACGCUUAUCUAGAGCGCCCAGCGAAACACCAGGUGAAUCCCGCAGGAGGAGCACAUCGCGCUCGGCGUUACCUUUACCCAAGACCGGACUUCGGGCCAGUAGGAUGGCCGCGACUCAGCCCACGUACGACUUUCUUUCGGGAGCAUCAGCGGCUCCCUCACCUGCAAUCAAACCGCUGGGCCAAAGCAUGCGACAGUCGCAGAAUUUCCGUUCCAGCAACGCGGAGCCAACCGUAGAGAAUGAAGAUUUCCGUGCCAAGAUCAAGGCACUCCAAUACGAGGUGGAAAGUCUGAAGCAGGAGCGGGAUUAUUCGAUUCUACAGCACGAGAAAGCGGUGAGAAACGCGACGCUUAAAGCUGAGGAUGACUGUCGCAAGGCACAGGCCGAAGAGAAUGGGAGAGUCAUACCAAUUAGGAAAUAUGACGAGCUGAAUUCGAAAUUCAAAGAUGCUCAGGAUCAAGUGCUGAACGCGCAAACUGCGAAUGAUAAGGAGCUACGCAAGAUCAAAGAGGAGCGAAGAGCGGCACAGGAUGAGACUGAAGAGGUUAGAACAGAUCUAGCCAGCCUUGAGCGAGUAUAUAAGCACACAAUGCAAGAGGUGGAGUCGAAGCAAGUGACUUUCGAGCGGACGAUUGAUGAUCUCAAGAAGAGUUUGAAUAGCACUACCAACAACUUUGAAGCCACAAAGGAUCGUCUGACUAAGAAAGAAGCCGAAGUUGGCUCGCUUGAGAGCGAGAAUUUGCAAUUGAAGGCUCAGACUGGCGAUGCCAAUACUCUUGCGGUUGUGAAGCGAGAGUUGUCUGAGCAAGUUGCACAUAUCAUAAAAUUGGAGAUGACGAAUCGCGACCAAAAUAACCAGCUCAAGACGUUUCGUCAAAAACAGAAAGCUAUUGAAGUAGUGCAGGAGGAGAAGAGAACUCUUGAAGUACGUUUAGGCGUUUUGGAGGAUGUAAGGAAGGAACUCGGAGAAGCACAGCUACAGCGACAGAUCCUUGAAGACGAGAAGGAAGGUUGGACUAGCUACCUUCAGAAUCAAGGUGAUAUCUCCGUGGAGGAUAAAUUCGAAACUCCUGAAGAUAUGGCGCGUGCACUUGUCAGACAACGUUUAGAGAAUGCCUCACUGAUGGAGCGAUCGGGCGCGCUGCAAUCGGAGUUCAUGGAGAAAGACGAGAUCAUACGCGCUUCUGAGGAAGAAAAGAGCAAGUUGCACGCUGAGAUUGAAGGGUUCAAAGCGAACGGUCCAGCAAAGCCACCAAGUAGCAGGACCCAAAAAGCACUCGAGAGGCAGCGCGCUCUCGCCACCAAAGAGGCCGAGUAUCUACGAGAACAGCUCCGAACAUUCGACAAUGAAGAGCAAACCUACCAUUCCGAGGAAAACAAAUUCGAUUCCGCAAAAACAAAACGUAUCACUGAUCUUGAAGAGCAAUUGGACGACCAUCGGAAAGAGCUCGCAAAACUCACCUCCGAACUGUCUUCUUUCGAAGAGAAUGCUAAUCAGCAAACAUCCCUGAAAUCGCCCUUGAAACGCCCCUUCUCUUCUGACAAUGAAGAUGGUAGUAAUGAGCGCCUCGGCCAACUCACUCGCAAGAAUCGAAAACUCCAAGACGAAUUCACGACCCUCCAAUCUACAUACAAUCUCCUACAGACUGAGCACUUGGCUAUCAAAUCACAACUCACUUCCCUGCAAAAGAGCUCGAAAACCCGUGUGCUGUCACUCCGGCAGAAUCCAACCGCGGAUUUCGAAGCUAUAAAACUCUCCACCAAUUGGACCCUCAAGCAGGAGAACAAAGAUCUCCUCGCUAAACUUGAAGAUCGCUACGACUCUAAUGCAAACGGUGAUGGAAAAGGGAUUGGUCAAGAGGGGAACAGUAGAUUAAUCCCACUUAGUACGCUCGAAGCCUCGAAACUCCAGAUACAAGAAUUAGAGAAACAGCUCGCCUCGGAAAAAAAAUUGGACAUGAGGAGACGGCAGGUCUGGGGCGCCAAGUGGCAGGAGCUGGGGCAGGCCGUUUCUAGCCUCCUAGGCUGGCGCCUCCAAAUUCGCCCGAACGGAAAAGUGGCACUAUCGCUACACAAGGCCUACCGCGAUGAGGGGGCGGAGGAAGCUAUGGGUGGGGAAGGUGGAGAUGGCGAGGUGGAGGAGACUAUCAUUUUCGAUGGUGAUAAGGGCAUCAUGAAAGUGGCAGGGGGAAUGGAUAGUCCGUUUGCGAGGGAGAUCAUGGAUUUCCGCGCUGAGUGGAUGGAGAAGAAGGGUUAUAUACCCGGCUUGAUGGCUAGUGUGUUGUUGAGGAAGGUGGAAGAUGGGAGUGUGGUGCUUUAA